UUUAUUGUUUAAAGAGUCCGCCAGUUAGUAACAUUUCUACCCAGUGUACCCGAUUUCUUACACUGCGUGCAGUUAAAAAUUACAAAGGUUCAAAGGUCGACUUUUCUUCAUGUGAAUAAAAGAUGUUUCCUGGCACUUUUGAACUGCUAGAAUCGUUCGUAUGAUCUCUUUCUCUAAAUAUUUAUUGACGGCCGUUCCCUAUACUGUUCAUGUUCAUUGACUCAGACAUUCAUCUGCUUACUCCCUUUCAUUUAAAACAAGCUUCACAUCCUGAAAAUUUCACCCUAUGGACGGAGUUGCUUUGUAUCACUUUAAAAAACAAGCGUCACACAAAUAGAAACUCAAGUGUGAGUUCAGUGAAUCUAAAUAUCCAGAAUCUGUCAAUGAAUUUCAAUUAACAAGAGUGAAGCUGUGAUGAGGAGUCUUCAUGCGGCAGACGUUUUUACACUCUGCGCAAGGAUUUUA